UAUACACCUGUAAACACAGGUAAACUAUCGGAAAGUGAUCAGGUACAGGUGUGAUACGUACAAGUAGCGUUGUACAGGUAAAAACGCUACGAAGGAUGAUUUAAACACUAUCGUAAAGAAACACCAGUACAAAUACUGGCAAACUAAAAGGGCAACGUGAUACGUACGAAGGGCUGGUCUGCAUGUCAAGAUGGCGACUGCUGAACUGCGGAGUUCCUUUGCCCCUUUAAUGGGAGGUACAGCAUACCGCGCAAGCAAAUUCGACACUCCUUAUGGAUUAAGACCGGAUGUUGAGAAAAAGGAUGUUACAAUAAAACAGGAACCGGAAAGACUUCCGAAAAUUGUGUUAAGGGAUAGUGCGGGACACCAGUUGAACACAUUUACCACGCUACAGGAAGCGAUUUACCGGGCAGAGUUGAAUGUCCGAAAGUCCCGAAUAGGGGCUACUGCACAGGAAUGGCGACUACCGCAUGGUCCACUUCCGGCAAAACCAGAUUAUUCUCGAGCCGGCCCAACCAUAUCAACAUAUCGGCAAAAAAUUAAUAAUUUGAAGAGUAAAAAUCGAAGAGUUGCCAGAAGCUUUCCCGAGUAUCCCAUUUACAAGGAAGUUGAUGUAGACGAUGUGGCCUUCGUAGCAGAAAGCCUGAACCACCUUCCACAAGUCCCAUCCUUGUCCUUUCUGCGUCAAGAAUUCCUGGCCCAGCCAAAGCGUUACUACCCCAUUGUAAACAGUAUUCUGUUACAUCAGAAACUGCUGUCGGAAACGGACAAACGUGAUCCAGAGUACACAUUCCCUGGGUUCUGUUUCGGAUGUCGACAGCACAUGUUGUGUCCGGGAUGUGAUAGGACAUCAAAACCUCACUAUCACCUUGACAAACUGUACAAGACGACGGGUGGCCUCCCUCAAGCGCGAACCCUUCAAGAAGAACUGAAAAAACAUUACGGGGACAACUGGCGGCUAACCCUACCCGACCUUCUUGUACGCAAAACAUCCAAAGUGCCCAGUCUGACCAAGGAGGAAAGGCAACUGAUUGAGGAGGAGCUAGACCGUAACUUAAGAUCUGGGAGUGAACAGGGACAGAAGAACUUUCUACCCCCUAUACCAUCAGCUAGUGGUCGAGAUGAGAGGAAAGAGGAUGCUGGAACAGCUUCAGGGUCGAUUGAUACUGAGGAUGAGGGGAUACUGGCAGACAGACAGAGUCUCGGCUUCAAUGACGACGAUACUCAUACUCUCUCCAGCCAUGAUCAGGACAGGGGUCGGCGAGGGUCGAGGGGUCAAAGUUCAGACUAUGACAUUGACAAAGAUUCAGACAGUGAAGAUUUGAAAUACAAAGGUAUCGGCCCACGGAGCCGCACUGCAGGGAGUGGACAGGAGACUGACGAUGAUGAAGACAUGUCUGGUUACGCCAGCUCUCAGCGAACUGAGAGGAAAGGUCGUCUUUACAAAGCCCCAGCUGCAUUUAAAUUGAAACAGCGAAAGAAGCGCAUGCUGAAAACCCAGUCACCCUUCACCGCAGACAGAAACCUUAACUUACCUACUGGGCCUGGCUUUAAGCUCAAACAAAACUCAAAGAACACCACAAAGUUUGUGGACUUCGAUAAAAAAGACCACGCUUGGAAAGAGCCAUCCAAGUUUGAAUUGCAAAAAUCUGGCAAGGAUGGGACAAAGUUCUGGUCACCGAAAUCACAGAAGAAAAAAAAGCAUGAGAAACAUGGACGACACACGUCCCCUGACUCCGGACUGGACAGUGAUAAAAUGACCGAGUCGGUGAAGGAAGACGAUCAGGAGAUGCCACCAAAACCAUUGUCAGAAAAACCCAAACCACAGUUGGUCUCUACUCCUUCCUCUCAGCGAAUAGCAACAGAGAGACCCCCACCAGUUAAAAAAGAAAAGGUCAAGAAGGUCAGACGAGAGGUCAAGGACACAGAGAAAGCAGAGAAAAGACAACUGGUCAAUGGAGACAGGACUGAGAGCAAUGACUUUUCUCAAGUGCAAGUGGAGGAGGAGACGGAGGUCACGCUUAUCGAUAGUACAGAUGAGUUACCUCCCCUUACCAAUGGACAUAGGGAGUCACCAGAAUUACCUCCCAUUGAAAUACCCCCACUUCCAGAAUAUGUGGAAGAGAAAAAGGAUGUUAAGCUCAAGGAGAAUAAACGGACCCUCAUCAAGCCCAUCCCUAAACUCAAGGAGGCCAAGCUCCCUCCCCCACCAACACUUAAAGGACCAAAGAAAUCGGUACUAAGAACCCUACCGAAGAAGAAGGGCCGUGUGCCGUCUGCUGAGGCGCCAGUUACCAAAGAGGAGCUCAGUGAUAUGACAGAUCCGUUGGACUUUCUCACAAAAUACUGCAUUAUACAUAUGGACCGCCUGCCGUUUUAUGAAAGGAUAUUCAGUAAUAUCGUGGAGACACAGACUCCGCGAUAUGAACGGGUGCGGCCGUUGUCCCCGAGAACUGGAAUGCCUCUACCCCAGUCUGAGAUGCCACAGUGGGGAAAACACGAAAUCAACAUGUUUCAUGACCUGAUUGUCAUCAGUCGGGGACAAGACCCAGAAAAAAUCGGCCUGAGUCCCCCCGAGCAAUACCUGGAGAAGAUCUGUUACACGCUAGAGAUCCUCACAGACAAACGCAAGGACAUCUGCGCUGUUUUAGGUGAACUGGAAUCAACGAAGACCAAGAAAUUAGCAGAGAAAGCUAAGGAGGUUAUCAAAGAUAUUGUCAAACCCAACUUUACCCCUAAAGCACCAAAAAAGGGGAAGAAAAAGAAGAAAAAGAAGGGGCAGCAGUCAGUAGAGGAUUUUGAGGCUCCACCCCCACGCCUCACGUUAGCGGACAUCACGGAUGAAAUAAUUGUCAGCAGAAUUGAUGAAAAGACCAUGAAAAUGUUGUGUAAGGAGGCUGAUAUCUGUCAAAUCAAUCUGGAGAUGGAACGGUGUAACGAAAAACUUGACAACAUCGAGGAGAGGAUUGUACACUUAGAUGGUGAGAAGAACAUUUUAGGCAUGUACUGUAUGGAGGUGUAUUUCCUGGAGCAGUUGAACAAUCAGAAGCCAGUGGAUUUCCGCCGAGCUCAAAGCGCCCUCUACAACAAAAUCCACCCACAUCCUGAUGUUGAGAUGAAUGUGGACGAGCUGGAAGGCUCCCUCCAGAUCAUCAAUAAUAAUCUCCUUUCAACAAAGGAGUUUGAAUACUUAUUUCAUGUGCUCAAUUUACCUGGUAGGAGAAAAUUAAAUUUUCAGUUGUUCAGUAUCGUAGCGGCAUUAUCAGAAAAAGUCACACAGAUGGACCCCGUGGUCCGGAAGCUGAUCAACAAGAUGGACUAUCAUGCUCUGGAUCAUAAGAUGAACAGGUCAAAGGAUUUGUUUGCACUGAUCUGCGACGGAGAACCCACGCCUAGAGGAAACGCAACAGCAUCAAACUUGGCAGUGGAACUGACAGCCGGAGGACUGACACCAGAGCAUAUUAAAGUUGUACUGAGCAAGUUUAACCGGGAGGGAAGUGGCUACAUAGAUUUCAUGGACUUUGUCAUGUACAUCCCACUGUUUAUAGAAAUACACCAACGUAUCGUACAGAACCCGCUCGAUGUCAAAUUUACGUUCUGAUGAGUGUUAAAGUGCCAUCUGUGGGAAAUUACAGCACAACGAAGCAACAUCCUGGAGUUAGUCAUUAGGCUGAUAUGUGUCUGCUGUUGAACACCUUAUAUUUCUGUGAUAUUUUGCUGAACCUUAAAAUGUUUUGGAUAGUUUUCAGUAAAAACAAGUGUAACAUUGUACCAAGUAUUUGACCUCAGAGACCCUAAGUCCUUAUUAAUUAAGAGAAAUGAUAUGUUUCUCAUAUAACAUGACUUUUACUGAGUGUCGAAACACCAUCAAAUACAGUUAAUUAUUUACGCAUACGUAGUAGUAGUAAUUUAAAUUAAAAAGGUAGAAAUGUAUCCCUGCACCCUCACUAAAAUAUCUACUGUUCACAUCUCAAGCACAAUAAUUACUUUAGCAUACAACAUAGCCAUGGUCAGCUGAAUCAAUGGCAGUCAGAAAAUGCUAUGAACGCCAUUGUCCUUUUGUUGAGGUCAUAUAACUAUGACUGCCAUUUUAAAGUUGGAUACCACUGAAGGUCAUAGUUAGAUAGUAUAUACAAUGUAUAUAAGUUGUUCUAUUUAUUUAAGAACCACACAAAAGUAACUGUGCCGGCCGUCAAUCAACUUUACAACUUAAACCCUGCCAUCGUAUCUGAGCAUUGUCUUAAAGCUAACGGUUAUGAUGCAUGUCAGGCGUGUAGCUACCAUGUAAGCCAAUAAGCCUGGGCUUGCACAUGAUUUUGACAAGUAUAGGUUUUCAUGACAUUAU